AUGGACCAGCUUAUGGCACUUCUCAUCGAACUCCCCCCGGAGGCACGUCUGCGCAAGGUCGGAUAUCCCUCUGAAGCUGACCUCACCGACGCCUCUGCCUACCCAUCAUGCCUUGUCCCCGAAGCUAUCACGUACGCCUUUGGCACAGAAGCCCACUUCGCAUUCCUCUUCAAGAUCUGUAUGCGCAAGUGUGAUGAGAACCCGAUCUGUCUGUUUUCUCCCGUUCGUGGUCUUCGCGCUGAAACACACCAGCCGAUAUGGGGCCACACUUUCUGUAUUGAGCUUUGCCGCCUCAUGUCGCACCCUGUUUUUGAAAUGGAGGGUACCAACAACCUCACUCUGAUUCUUCAGUAUGCCGUCAUCUGCCGCACCGAUGAUAGACGCCCUUGGAAGAUGCCCCCCAUCCCGGACGUGGAUCCGCUCAAGCAACUUCGCGGCGUCAUGGAGCUGUGCUCAGGACCUGUGUCAACUCCCAUCUCCGAGAUCUUCGCAAGUCAUUGCACGAACGAAAGUCCUCCAAGCUGCAUCAAAGCUCGUGACCUCACCGCUGACGAUCCCCUCUACCGGGAACAGCAGGACGGAAUCAAGACCUACCUGACAGAUCCCAAACACUUGAUCUUUGUGAUGCUGCAGCUCGCCAAGGUCGUUCAAGAUUCUCCGAAGACGGAUGGUCCUUACAUCACGAAAGAGCGUAGCUUCGAAGUGUACAGUGUGACCACGCUUGAUCUUCAGAACAUCCGCAAGGCCCUUAACACUAUGGAACUUCACUGCGGUGAGGGUAGUGAGGCGGGCUUGUUUGAAUUUCCUACGGAUAUCAUCUUCCCCCGCUAUGUGGCUAAGACUGGGGUUGAGAACGAUGCUCCUCGUGACUCGGAAGAACUGUCAGAUCUGAUCGUGGCAGGAUCCAUGAAGAGAGAACGGGAGAUCUUUGACACCAUUCUCGGUCGCAAUCGACAGUGA